CCGUCUCUUGUGCAUGAUGUAGAAGAAAUUUGAUCUACUACGUGUUUAUGAUGCCAACUGGUGGUUUGUGCUUGUUAAGCCCGGAUUAUUUCUGUUAACGACGUGACGAACUGAACGCUGUGACGCUGUUUUGUUUACCGACUCUUACUUUUCCUUAUCCUUAUCCUUUUCCUCCACCACGCCAUCAACACAAGCGCCAAACCUCCCCCUCUCAACCACGCACCUCUGUCAAACUUCAAAAUGGCCACUCCUCCUAUUCCCUUCAACCGCCUCAAGCAGAUUGCUACCGAUGCUUGCAACAGCGCCAUCGGCAGUGCCGAGUUCUACGAUCAUGCAAAGACUGAGCAAUGGAACUCGACCAUCAUCAGCUCCGUGCUGAAGGCCGUCAUUUCCGAGUCGACUCCCCAGGGCGCCUCUGCUCCCUCUUUCAAGUUCGCCUGCAACAGCACUAUCGUUCAGCACCUCGUCCCCACAUCCGCCCUUAACAAGCCCCGUGGAGGCACCGAGACCCAGGCUGAGGAGCCUCACAUUUCCACCAGCUCCGAGGCCACUGCCACCGAUGGCAAGCCCCACGUCGGCCGACGAGGAAUGCACAGCGCGACCGGUGCGUACUGGGAUGAGAAGAAGGACGGCAUGUGGACCUUCAAGUACGAUGGCGGCGAGGGCAAGGGCCUGGACGUUGUUGUCAUGCUCAUCUGGAUCGCCAUCUGAGCUUCAGACGCGGCAACUGAGCAGUCUGGAAACGCCAUCUGCUCCAAAACUACGCGCAUUUCCCUCGGGGCGGUGGAUGGCACUCUGAUCCAGCAAUGGCGUUGAGGAACCUGGGAAGCGUGACAUUGGGAAUACAACGGGUACGAUCGAGCUUCCGGCUAAGCCAUCUGCCACCGACUUUGGUGUUCUUGCAGGCCUUGGAUGUACAAAUGUGCUGGAAUUGAUAAUACGAACCAGGUAGCUGGCUUCUGCCAGUCUUCUCUGGACGGUGUAGUGGACUACCUGAGAUUGAUACCGGAAGGACAUAACUGGCGGAAUAAUAAAAUGUCUCUACCCUUGA